AUGGGAAAGAGGAAGUCAAGAGCAAAGCCUGCUCCAACGAAGCGAAUGGACAAGCUUGACACAGUCUUUAGUUGUCCUUUCUGCAAUCACGGGUCUAGUGUUGAAUGCGAAAUUAGUAUGAAGGACAUGAUUGGUAAAGCAACUUGUAGAAUCUGUGAAGAAAGCUUUAGCACUACUAUCACAGCUUUGAGUGAAGCUAUAGACAUGUAA